CAAGUGCAGUGCUGAACAAAAGCAAAUGACACCAGAAACCGAAACCACUUACGGUACAGAUUGCACAAGGACAUACAGAGGUUCAGCUCACCUGCUUGUAGAGAAACUAGAGUUAACGGACAGAAGUGAACACUGGACAUAUUAAAGUUUUUGCAUUAAAGGCCACUGAAGAACCAAGACGACGAGUUUGCUUCUUUGUGUCACUUCACAGCUCUAGAGAAGUUUGUUGAUUGAUAGUUUGACACCCUGUGAACUUACUGAAAGUUCAAAAUGUCUGCACUUGAACCUGUGCGAACUGAGAAAGUCCUGAAAGAACACCUGGACGAGCUGACUGAAAACGAGCUGAGGUCAUUUCAGUGGUACGUGACGAAUCACCAAGGUGACUGUAAACGCAUCCCGAAGUGCGAGCUGGAAAACGCUACCAGAGAGGAAACUGUGGAUAAACUUAAACGUUUUUACGGGGAAAACGGCGCUGUGGAGAUCACAGUGGACAUCCUCAUGAAUCACAUGACUCACAAUGACCUGGCAACAAGGUUAACUCAAGCCAUAAUAGGCCGAAACGUGGAGCAGCAAUUACAUGAGCCAUUGUCCUCCGCUGUGAGAGAGACUCAGAGAGAUUCAGAUUUGACUAUCACUCAGGAUCUGACUUGUUCAAUUUGCUUAGACAUUUUCACUGAGCCUGUAAUGCUGCAGUGUGGCCACAGCUUCUGUAGGACAUGUGCGCACACACAGAUGAGCGGGAAUAUCCAUCUGAAAUGCUCACUUUGUAACCAAGUUAUACGAAUUGACACUGAACCUCAGAUUAAUUAUGCUCUGAAGAGUUUGAGUGAAAACUACAGAAAAGGAAGAGGAGGAGGACAUAGAAAUGAUGCAUAUCAGACUCCUUCCAGGUCCAUCACAGAGAAGCGGGAAGCUUUUGAAAAAGUCAAAAAAGUUUGUGAUUCAUCCAUUGAGCAGAUUAAGAGUCAGAGACACGACGCAGAGAAUAAGAUUAAGGACGACUUUGAGAAGCUUCAUCUCUUCCUCAAGAAAGAGGAAGAAAACAGAAUAGCUAAAUUAGAAAAAGAAGAGAUGCAGAAGAUUGGUAUGAUGCAGAAGAUAACAGAGAUCAGCAGAGACACUUUCUCGCUCUCUGACACUGUGAAAGACAUGCAAGAUUUAGGGGCUGACAACUCGUUCGUACAGAACUUUAGGACUGAAAUGGAACGAGCUCAGAACGCACUGCCAGAUCCACAGUUACUUCCACAACCACUGAUAAACGUUUCCAAACAUGUGGAAAACCUUCAGUGCAGAGUCUUGGAGAAGAUGUUGAGCGAUGUAAAAUGCCCUAUUGUGACAUAUGCAUUGUUGCCAAACGAAACAAACAAUGUUCAGAAUUACGCGCUCAAUGACGCCACUGACAUCGAACCACUUUCAGAUUUUGACAAAAUUGACGAGGACGAGAACGACAACAAGGACGACGAGGACGACAACGAGGACGAGGACGAGGACAAGGACGAAGACGAGGACAACGAAGGUCCUUGUUUUCUGUACAACAACUACGAGGAUAAUGAAGGACAUGGUGUUCUGGUCUCCAACCUCUAG